GCCGCGGCGCUGGGGACUGUCGCUUGGCGCCGCGUUCGGCCGGGAGGGCGCCGGCGAAGGCAGCAGGUGGGCACCGUAGCGCAGCUCUGGAUUUACCCGGUCAAGUCCUGCAAAGGGGUGCCGGUGAGCGCAGCCGAAUGUACCGCCAUGGGGCUGCGCAGCGGCCACCUACGCGACAGGUUUUGGCUUGUGAUCAAUGAAAAGGGCAAUAUGGUGACGGCCCGACAGGAACCCCGCCUGGUCCUGAUUUCUCUGACCUGUGAGGGUGAUGCCCUGACCCUCAGCGCAGCCUACACGAAGGACCUGCAGCUGCCCAUCACCGCACCCACCAGCAAUGCAGUGCUCAAGUGCAGAGUGCAUGGCCUGGAAAUCGAGGGCAGGGACUGUGGUGAGGCAGCCGCCCAGUGGAUAACCAGCUUCCUGAAGACUCAGCCCUAUCGUCUGGUGCAUUUUGAGCCUCACAUGCAACCAAGAAAUUGUCACCAAAUAGAGGAACCAUUUCCAGCCACAGAACAGGUCGCUUACCCAGAUGCCAGCCCAUUCCUGAUCCUUUCUGAGGCUUCGUUGGCUGAUCUCAACUCCAGGCUGGAGAAGAAAGUGAAAGCAAUUAACUUUAGGCCCAAUAUUAUUGUUUCAGGCUGCGGUGUCUUCGCAGAGGAUUCAUGGGAUGAACUUCUUAUUGGUGAUGUGGAACUGAGGAGGGUGAUGGCUUGCUCCAGGUGUAUUUUAACCACUGUGGACCCUGACACCGGAAUCAUGAGCAGAAAAGAGCCACUGGAGACCUUGAAGAGCUACCGCCUGUGUGAUCCUUCUGAACAAAAGUUAUAUGGAAAAUCACCUCUGUUUGGACAGUAUUUUGUUCUGGAAAACCCAGGAACAAUCCAAGUGGGAGACCCUGUGUACCUGCUGGGCAAGUAAUAGGGUCAUAGACCUGAACUGAUGCCUUGAGAAAAGCCCUUGAAGAAACCAACACUUGAGGAGCCAGGUUUUGGAAUGAACACCGCAGCCUUUUCUUUAGAAAGGAUUUUUGCCAAGAUUUCCCUUUUUUUUGGACUUUUGUCUCAGGGCUUCUGGGAUCCCAGUACAAAAAAACAAAGAAGUAACUUAGUAAAACUUCUGGAAGCUCCUUAAAUGAGAAGAAGGGUUUCUGAAAACUCUAUUAAACUGUGAUUGUAGGAUAAUUAUUCUUCACUCACCUACCAGAACAUUAACUUCCAUCAUCUUAUUUACCUCUCCUUAGGGAAAGAGAAAAAGGAUGAGUGGGUGACCAGGAGGAAUGUUCUGGAAUGUGUUAAUGUCCCCAUGUUUGAGGAAUACAAUGAAAGCCAAAUAUCUCCCUCUGUAAGGCUGGAAAUAUAUUUUGUUUCACUCCUUGAGCCCUGGGCUUAGUUUUGAAGGGGCACCAAGAGCCUGCCCAUCAGUUAACUGAAGAUGUUCACUUUUCACCUCAGACAACUUUCAUACAUAUGAACUUUUUUUUCAUACCGCUUUCAUACAUCUGUUGCUUUUCAGAUAGUAUUGGUGAGGACUUGAUGCAUCCUUCAUGGCAUGCAUUGCCUCUGGGCUACAGGACAGCAGAAAUGUCAGGGUAGAAAAUCAACUCAUAAAUCAAUAAAACUGGGGGGACAAGAUGAAAGCCAACUUAUGAGAGCAGUCUUGGUGAGACUCUGACAUGGGACAUGAGAAAAGCAAGACAAGCAAGCCCUUCCUUGCCAUGAAACAAAAUAUCAAGAUUGUUUCCAUCAUGAUCCCAAAAUUCCCAGCAUAGGAGUAGUCUGAGGCCUGAGAUGCUGUUUGAUGUUGCUCAGGGACCAAAGAACAGGAUGGGUCUUGACAGCUGCUGCCACCUAGUGGCCCUGAGUGGUGGCUCAGCCCAUGUAGUUGGAAAACUUGAGAAAUACUGGUGGCUGGGUAUUAGUUGUCGAUGCUACACAAAGUUGCCUAGAAGAGAAGCAGGUGUUGUGCCAGGUGUUCUCUGCUGGCCUGCCAUAUGCACUGGGUCUCCUAAAGCGCCCAGGAGGGACUGUGAUGUCGUGGAUCCUGCCUGGUCCUCCAUGACAGAAUGUUCCUCCCCAGAUUCAGGUGAAAUGGUGCUGAAAUCCAUGGAUGACAAUGAACAUGAUAGUGUGGGCUGACAGAAAACACUGAAAAUCUUUCAAAAGAGAAAAGGAAACCAUGCCAGUUGGUCUAAAAACCAAUAUUUAAUUUUCCUACUGAUUGACUGAUGUAACUCUUCAGAACUUAUGAAAUAUGUCAUUUGCUCUUUUUUUUGCCUUUGAUAUAUUAAAGAGCUGACUGAAUUAUGAAAAAGUGUUUCAAAACUGUAAAUAAAAGGAAGUGACUUUGACUAGU